AUGGGUCCGCCUGGCCACAACCGGUAUGCGGUCUUCGCUAGUGGAGACGAUAAACCGGCUCCUGCGCCAAGUGACCCAGUCGACCUGGCCAACAACCCAUUCCUAAACCAGAUUGCCGACGACUCGAUUCCGUGGGAGGAAGUCAAGAAGCGAGGCGCCGCAACAGCAGCACCGCCCGUCCAGCCAGUCAGCCGUCCUGUGAACGGCACCAAAGACCGGCCCAAAGCUGCUGCCGCCCAACCAGCUCCCAGCGAAGGUCGGAAACGCACUCCCUCUGGCUCCACCACCGACAGCAACGACAAAGGUUCCGACCCCCACGAAAACUGGUGCGGCGUGUGCUCACUCAAACUCCCCAACAAGGCCGCGCUCCUCACACACAUCAAACAAUCAGCCAACCACCAGCACUACUGCAACCUAUGCAAGCGUGUAUUCAAGGACCGAAACGGCCUCAAGAACCACGUCGACAACUCGUCCGGCCACGAGACAUACUGCAAUCUUUGUCUCUCGGCCUUCAAGGACCCGUGGGGCCUCAAGAACCACUUUGAGAACAACUACAGCGUCGGCCACGAGUUUGUCUGCCUGACAUGUCUCUUGGGAUUUAGGACGUCGGGCGAGUUGGAGCAGCACUUGCAGACGGCCGAGAAGCACACGUGGUGUCGCGUGUGUCAGCGCCGCUUUCGGACCCAGGAUGAGCGCGAUGAGCACUGGAUGAAGACUAACCGGCACAAACACUGCUUGCAACCUGGCUGCGACUUUGACGGCCCAGACCAAGCUGCGCUCACGGAACAUCUGAGGCGUGACCACUUCCAAUGCCAAGGAUGCAAGCAGAUACUCCCGAGCCUGACCAAGCUGAAUCAGCACUACGAGGCCUGUCUAUUUGCAAUCUCCUGUCCUCAAUGUAAGGAGCAGUGUAGCGGGAAAGCCCAGCUCGAGUUCCACAUGAAGCACUGUUUUCUGUGCGAAGAGUGUGGCUUUCACACAUAUCACGAGGGCAAUUUCCACAUUCACAUGACCAAGCAUAGCUCCGCCAACAUGGCGUGCUGGGGCUGCGAAGCCCCCAUGCGCAAAUACUCCAGCCUCAUCAACCACCUCGAGUCGGGCAACUGCCCCAAACUCAGCGACGCAGCGCUUCUCAUGCGCUGUCUCGGCAGGUGGUGGUAUUCGGCGCUGUACAUGGAUCUCGACAUGCACGCCAACAUUCGGACGGGCCGCGUGGAUAUCCAUGAGUUGUGGGAGUGGAUGAGCCAGGGUGCCUUGCAUCCGUUUCUCUGCCGUGGCCAGGACUGCGGCAAGACGUUUGGCCAGCUGAGUGCGCUGUUGCUGCACUGCGAGAGCAGGGCGUGUGGCUGGGACAUUGAUCGCUUCAACAUGCUGGGGCUGGAGAAGGAAUUCAAACAGACGUGUCUGCGCAGGGACAGCGGAGCAAGCUAG